CAAAACACAUCACAGCUCAAUAUGCCUCCCCGAAGAUCCACAUCUCGUGCCGCCUCGGCCAAACCUCCAUCUCGAGCUCCUUCAUCUCGACUUGCAAAGGUCCCCGAGGCUUCUAUCCCUGCUGCCAAUGGUAAUACCAAACGACGAAGGGUCUCUGAUACCGGUGAACCUGUGGCUAAAAAGGGUAGGCCUAGCACUGCCAGCGUCGCGGGCAGGGGACCAAAAAAGAUUAUUGGAGGUAUCAACGCCAUCCCCUCUAUCCCCCCCGUCAAGACUCCCCACAAUGCCCUGUUCGUCUGGGGUACUGGUGAUCAAGGUCAAUUCGGUCUGGGCCCCGACAAUCUGGACGAGAUUGGCAGGCCCAAGUUGCAUUCGUGGUUCGAGGAGCAGAUUGAGGAAGGUAAGCUCAGCAGGGAUGGGAAACCUGGGUCAGGUGGCCUAGAAUCUGUCUAUUGCGGUGGUAUGCAUACGCUCGCCAUUGACGAGGCUGGUCGAGUCCGUUCAUGGGGUAUCAAUGACAAUGCCGCUCUUGGCCGAAUUACCACUGAUGUUCCCGACCCCAAGAACCCUGACGAAAUGAUUCCCAACGAAGAUCUCGAGAGUUAUCCUUAUGUCGUUGAGACGCUUGAAAAGGAAGGUUUUAGGGCUGUUCAGGUUGCGGCGGGUGACAGUAUCAGUGUUGCCAUUUCUGACAAGGGCGAAUUGAGGGCUUGGGGUAGUUUCAGGUCCAAUGAAGGUAUCCUUGGUUUCGAUGGUGUGCCUGGCCAUCCUAAAUUCCAGUACACCCCCAUCUCCCUCCCCGCUCUCGCGAAAGUGCAAAUCACUCAAAUUUCCUGCGGUGCCGACCAUGUCCUCGCUCUCACUACCAUCGGCCACGUCUACGUCUGGGGUAAAGGCGAGGAGAAUCAGCUUGGCCGUCGUAUCAUCUCUCGUCGACGUAUAAAUGGUCUUGAGCCUGAGCGUCUCGGUUUAAGGAACAUUGUUCAUGUGGCCGCAGGCAUUUACCACUCUUUCGCUGUCGAUAACAAGGGUGUAGUAUAUGGUUGGGGUCUGAACACUUUUCACCAGACGGGGGUCGCCGAACAUCAAGACAUGAUUAUCACCCCUACUGUGGUCGACGCGCUUCACCCCGACAAACAUAACGGUAGCAAGGUCAUCAAGGUUUCUGGCGGAGAGCACCACUCCCUUUUCUUGUUUGACAAUGGCGAAGUCUGGGGCUGCGGCCGAUGUGACGCCAAUGAGCUCGGUUUAGCAGAAGAUCACCCCGCGUUUGAGGGUAUCAAGGAGAGGAGGGAAGAGCUGCAGCGUGAAAGGGAGGAGAGAGUCGCGGAGAAGCAGAAGAAGUUGGACGAGGUGUUGAAAAAGGACAAGGUGGAUGAGGAGGAGAAGCAAAAGGCGGAGGCGGAGUUGUCAGAGGCACAGGCGACGCUCAAGGUUCCUCCUUCUGGUGAGUAUGUCCCCGAGCCUGUCAGGAUAUGCUUCCCGCCUAUCCCUGAAAAGUACGAGGUCGUCCCCGAAUUCCCUGCAUACAAAGACUCCAAGCCCGAGGAUAACCCCGUUGUUGACAUUUCUGCUGGUAUGAGGCACAAUCUUGCCGUUUCCAAGUCUGGCCACUUGUAUGCUUGGGGCUACGGUAACCUCGCACAAUUGGGCUUGGGUUCGGAAGAGGUUGCAGAAGUACCGUCAUUGGUGAGGAGUAAGCUUCUUCGUCCUUACCGCUCUGUGACUGUCUCUGCGGGCGGUCAGCAUUGUGUAGCGUUGGCAGUUAAGAAGCCUGAUGGGGAGCAGAACUAGUAACUGGGGCUCAACUACGAGAAAGGAGCGAGAGGGAAGAAAAGGGAAGGUGUGUAGAAAAUUUGCUGAAAAAGGGACUUUUUGAUGCGUUAUAAAAGUACGAGUGCUGU